UCAAACACAUACAUACACACAUCACCUGUUAUAAGAAAAAAACCCUAGGCUAGAAAAUCAUCGAUCAUCAAAAAAAUGUCCUCAGUACCGUUGGAAAUCCAGGAGGAAAUCAUGAAGCGCCUUCCUGUGAGAUCGUUGCUUCAGUUUCGAAGCCUCUCGAAAGCAUGGAAGUCUCUCAUCGACAGUUCAGAUUUCAUCACUCAUUAUUAUGCGUCUAACCAGCUGCAACACUUACUCAAAGUCCCCCUCGCUAUUCCCAUGUUGGUUGACAUGUAUCAUUCUUAUCGAAUAAUCGGCAUCUCCCAUGGCUUGUUGUGUUUGUACGGACAUGAUGCUGUUGGAAGCUACAUGGCUGUUGUUUGGAAUCCCUCUGUUAGAAAAAGUGUAGGUGUUGUUGUGCCUAAUGUGCCAGACAUGUCCCAAGAUAUAUAUGAAGUGGCUCUAGGUUUUUGGGCUUGUGGUGAGACCAGUGAUCUUAAGAUUGUCAAGAUUACAUAUAUUGAUAUCUGGACUGAGAUGGACAGUAUACCUGAGAGCAUGCCCGAUACCAUCCCAAUCCCAUCGCAAGUUGAGGUUUUUACGUUAAGCACAGGGGCGUGGAGAAGUCCUUAUAGCACCACCAAUCUCCCUCGUAAAUCACUUCAAUUUGAUAAUUAUUCCCAGGUGGUUAUAGAUGGAUCUCUUUACUGGCUUGCUAUGGAUUGUUGUACGGGAGAAGAAUUACUUACUUGUAAUCUGAUCAUUUCGUUUGAUAUGAUAAGCGAAGAAUUUAAACAAGUAAGUCUCCCGCAUAGUUUAGCACACCGCAUAUAUCUAGGAGAUUUGCACCUCUCUAAGCUAAGGAACUCUCUUGUUGUGCUUCAACAAGAUGUCGUUUGGAUAAUGGAGGACGCUGUUCAAAAUUCCUUUACAAAGCUCUACGCUAUUCGCAUACCUGAUCAAAGUGUACGAACAACAGUAGUGGGGUUUCGGAAGACUGGUGAACCUGUGAUUGAAUAUGUUGCUACAAUGGUUGGUGAUUCAUCGUCGUCGAACCUCUUCAAUAAUGUUGAGAUUAGUGGAAUGCUUUCAUUUUAUGUGUAUGCUUACACGGAAACGCUACUUCUGCUUGAUCAGCCAGAUUCUACUAUUUAUAACCAAGGUAAACGCUACAUUCUACAAGGGCUUGGAAACAUGCAUCCAGAUACAGGCAAGGUAAAUGAUUCUUCAUCUCAUAUAGUAGGAGAAUGCACUUGUGCUUUUAGAUUUUGAUUAUAAUUUGUGUGCUAUAUUUUACUGCUAUGUGGAAGUUUGAGGGCUUAAUUUGAUUAAAGCUGUAAUAUAUUCAACAAAUAGGGGCGUAUUUUAAAUUGACUAGAAGUGGGCAUAGUUAUCAAUAGCGUUUGUGGCAACCCCUAUAGUGAAUAGUGUGGCGUGGCGGCCAUAUGCCACUACAAGGUACAUAUCGACCACAUAUCGACGAUAUAGCGACUUUCGACGCGAAUUCCGGCGACAGCGUUGCUUUCAACCGAAAACCACGAAGAAGGGGGAAGAAGAAGACAUCGGCUACGUAUAUGUGUGUUUUAGGCUUUUAGAGUUUAAAUAAGUUUUUAAACAUUUAAUCCCUCUAUCUUUCAUUAGUUUACAUUCAACCCCUAAAACUUUUUAUUUUUUUACUUAAAAAGUGUAUAGGUAGUUUGUGUAUUUAAACAUUUAACCCCUUUUAUCUUUAACAAUUUACAUUUGCUCUUUAAACUUUUUAAUCUAUACAUAAAAAGUAAAAUAUUAACGUUAUAAAUACAUAUAUAAAUUAUGGAUAGCUAUUUUUUUAUUUUUUAAAUUAUCUACGCACUUUUGUUUCU